AAGUGAUUUCAUAAAUUAUUAUCUAUAAGAGUCAAUAAAAUUCACCCCAUAGCUUUAGUCUCACAGUAUAAAUGAGAAAAAAAAUCUAGACUCCAUGUGUCUUUCGGUUAGCGAACAUCCUGAGAAGUACAAGGACUCAGCUGGGACCGCCUACAAUAUUGUUGAGAAAAAAAUAGCGAAAAAUGCCUUCGUAUAAAUACACCUACUUCCAUUUUAAAGCCAGGCCAGAAACCUGCCGUCUUCUAUUCUUGUUGGCCGGAGUGGAAUAUGAAAAUAAUGCCAUCGAUCACGACAAAUACUGGGCUCUGAAAGCCGCUGGAAAACUUCCCUUGUCCCAGUUGCCUAUUCUUGAGACAGAAGGAAAAGUUUUCGUUCAAAGCAGAGCAAUCCAGAGAUAUCUGGCCAGGAAAUUUGGUUUCUAUGGAAACGGAAUAGAAGACGAACUCUUGAUCGACGAGGCCGUUGAGACUGCAGAAGAGAUUCUUGACUACGCCAUGCCAUGGGUCUAUCGAGAACUAGAUGAGAAAAAGAAUGCCGAGUCGAGAAAAGAUUACUGGGAAUCCCACGGACCCCGCCUUCUUCCAUUUCUAGAGAAGAGAUUGGAAGGUAGCACUUCUGGAUUCUUUGUAGGAGAUGCACUGACUGUUGCUGAUGUCUCUGUCUUCAAUGCCGUUGAUAUCCUCUACGACUGCGCCCCAGAGGAGCUGGCUCCUUACAAGCACCUUCUGUCACACAGGACGAGGAUUGCAAGCAACCCAAAACUUACCAAGUACCUCGGAGAGAGACAGCUAGUCCCGAUCAGACAAACUUUCCUUGGCAUCCUUGCAUUGAAAGAAGAAGAAAAAUCCAAAUAAUUAUUAAUGUUCGGAUGAAAAUAAAAUUGAUAUUUUUCAUGUUAAAACUAUGACGUAAACGCCCCAAGCCUGCAUGGUCCUCGGCAGACAGUCCCAGAAUGCAAUCGUUAAAAAUACCCCUCUAAAAUAAUAUCCCUAUCUAUGCCGGUCAUUAUUAAGUUUUGAUACAACUCCUCUAAAUCCUUAAAAACUGAUUAUACGUCUUGUCGCUCCCAUUUUCUCAAAAUGCCAAAUUGGUUGAAAUUUCAUGGGAGGGGCUAAUUACUUUUUAUUAAAGCAAAAAUCCGAUUAAUUUGUGUGUCGCGUGCGGCACGGUUUGCCAAAGUUUGCUCUUUACUAUAAAAUUUCACAAACAGCUUCUGGCUUUUUUUAAAUCUGGUGAUUUAAACUCCAGAUUUAUGAGUCAUUAUUCCAUUACGACUUGUUUUUAAAACGAUGCCACCAAGGCAAAAGUGAUACAACGCUUCAACAAUUUCUUCUAUCAUGCCUAUUGAUAAUGGUUUCGAUAUGAAAGUUAUUUGUAAUGUUUUUUUACAUACAUGUAUAUGCCUCCAAUACCAUAAUACCCCCAUUGAUAUUGGCCAACCAUACAUUUUCGAAAUCAACAAAUUCAAAGAUAUCCUGGGAAAACUGGAAUCUUUUUCAAAGAAUUAAGUAUUUUCUACAUCAUGUCCUCUCAUUCAGGAAAAGGGGCAUGAAUAAAUUCCUGUCAGUUAUAGAGCUAAUACUUCGUCAAUCUUUCAUCUUAGUAUAUUCUAGUUUUCCGGAGCUUUCUUGCUUAAGGGGCCAACAGCCCAUGAAAGGCUUAUUUCCUUUUCCUUCCUCCUUUGGGGCCAGACUUAUAAGGAACCUGCAACACCGAUGUAACAUGCAAAUAAUCCGAUUUAUUUGUGUUACAAUAUGAUUAUGUUCAGAUAAACAUUUUAUAGCAAAUCAAUUCACACUUUCAGUUGCAAGGUGCAGUCGAUUGUACAUUUGUUAUUAAUUGAUAGCUGCAAAUUUGCAAUUAAUAGCACUGGGGGACUUGAUUUGGAGGCCUAUUAUAUUGACUUCCAGCCAAGUUCCAUUUCCGUGCUACCUAACUAAAAGUGUUACAUUCUUGUGAGAACGGGGCCAUAUCAAAAGAUUUCCGCUGAAUGUUUGUAAAUUAAAAAUCUUUAUCAAGUUGAUUCGAAUAAACGCAAAUCACUUUUUUGUUUUAUGAAAAUGCCAUUUAAUGUUAUCCAUGCUUAUUUGUGCUUAUACGCGACGAUGACUAGAAUAUCCCCUCUUUUCGCAAUCUUACUUUUUUUUACUCAAACUUUUUUAUUUUUUUUAAUGUGUUUUAUUGAAUCAAUAUAAUAAUAAAAAACAUAAACAAAAAUAUAUCAAUGAUUCUAACAAGAAUAAUAAUCAACAACAACAACAAAAAUAAAACAUGACAACGCAAUGUAGACGAAAAAGCAACUUAUAUCCAUGUACAGAUACACGAAUACAUAUUGACUUUUUUCUGAGCCUGUUUCACAUUUAUUAUCAUACUAAGGAAAAAGGGCAAAGGUUUUAUUUAAUGGAAAGAUGACUCUAAAUCACACAUUACUACAGGAAUCUUUGUUUUAAAGAAAUCUAAAGCAUUCUUAAUGACGAAUAUAGUCAUGUUUACGGGUGGUGGAAAAUCAACAUGCAAAAAAAAAAGACGAUAAGCAAAGAAAAAAGGGAAAUAAUUGAAAGAAAGAAAGAAAAGAAAAAGGAAAUGAACAAGAAAAUGAAAGAAAUAGAUAAAUGAAAGAAACAACAUGAUAAAUGAUAAAAGAAUUGUUUGAAAAUAAAACUUAAAAGCAAAUAUGGAUAUCAGGAAGAGAGAAAAUAUGUUAAAAAAAUAAAAUAAAGGAAGAGGAGAUAGAAAGAGAGAGAAAGGGGGGGGGGGUAUGAAAUAAUAUCUUCUGGCCCGGUAUAUCUGGAGGAAUCACUUUUGGUGUAUCAAGUUUUGUUCGAUUUCUCUUUUUAUUUUCAAACAAUAUUUCAAUAUUUGAUCAACCAUAAACAAACAUUUCUCAGAAUAUGAUGAACUCCUUAAAUAAAACAUGCCAUGCUGACGUCACCUUACUUUGUGAAGUAUAC